AUGGCGUCUUUCCCUCCUUCCGCAAGCGAGGUGACCUUUUCUGAUCCGGAGUCGAGCUCAGACUCGGAGAGGGAAGACCGUCAUAGUGGAUCAUUCGAGUCAUUCAGCGGACGGUUGCGGGAACAGUUUCUGGAUCUUGAUGCUGGUCAUGAGGAUUCUUUCAACAAUCCUACAGAUGAGCAACCUCGCACGAUGCCUGAGCUCGAUGCUCAUGGUCAUAGUCAAUUCCUUCUGAGCUCUCUCCUUGAGCAGAAUUGCAUGUUUCGGGCUCUUCACUUACUCAGCCGCGAUGAUACUUCGCAACGGAAGUAUUCAAUCAACGAUCCUUCGGUGCAAGCAAUGGGCAAAGACAUAUAUGUCAGACUCUCGGAAAGACUUAGUGAGCACGGGGUGAUAGGCCAGGGUUUUGAAUCGGAUGGAGUCAGUGGGCUACGUCAAAACUAUCUCCAAGGGCUCGAUGUGAUGUCCCUGAACAUACUCCAGGAGAAAGAAACUGUAGCUAAGAACGGGGAAGAGCAAACACGUGGUGCGGACCAUGAAACUAUAAGCAAUGCACUUCAGCCCUUUCGAUCUGAGGUUGCCUUACGCAAUCUGAUCAAGACUGGCACCGAUGGCUUGACAAGCUAUACGUCUGCAAAGAGCCUCAAUAAGCUCCAGCAAAGCGCUUCGCAAGUGUUCCUUGGCAGAGCUGAGCCAGAUUCUCCUCUUACAUUGAAAUCCCCUGAUGAUCUUUUCCCAACCUCCAGAUAUGCUCAAGAUUUCACGGAGAUGAGAAUGGUCGGGAAAGGUGGAUAUGGCAAAGUCUUUCAAGUCGUCAAUCAUCUCGACGGGCAACAAUACGCCGUCAAAAAAAUCACUUUGAGUCCCAAGCGUCUCAAGCGACUGGAAAAUGGCGGCGUCAACGAGUUGGAAGCUUUACUGCGAGAAAUCAGGACACUCGCUCGUCUAGAGCAUUCCAAUGUCGUACGUUACUUUAGCGGAUGGAUAGAACGCAACCCUCUUCCCCAUGUGGCAGCACCUGCUAGAGAGCGCAGUCUUUCUCAAAAAUUACUGAGCGAUUGUCCUGCAGAUGAGGAAGAAUUCAGUUUUGGCCUAAAUUUCGAAGAUGACGAGAAAUCAACCGAAAACACUGAGGAUGAUUGUGGUGUAAUCUUUGGAUAUUCCUCAAGAUCUGCUUCCGGACUCGAUAUUCCAAAGCGCACUAGAGGACGCCGUGCUAGUCGUGCUACUGUGAGCUCAGUGAAUACAAAAAAGAGCUACGUUGAGAGCGCCGGCGACGACGAAGAGGACGAAAUCGAGGCAAUCCCUAGGAAAUUUGGGCCGCUCAUGGCGGCACCUACUUCCACAAUGCAAGAUACUACGGAUGACAUGUAUUCCGACGAUUUUGGCUCUCAAUCUAGACCGCACAAUCACAGCUUUGAUUCUAUCGGACCAACUCUAACUCUUCACAUUCAAAUGUCUCUUCAUCCUGUUAGCCUGAGCAACUAUCUUUCCUCCGACGACCCCUGUCCCAUCCAAGAAUUCGAUUUCAAUUGCCGCCAUUGCUAUCAUCUCCAGCCUUCUUUGCAUUUGAACUUGGCCAUUCUCUCAGGUGUGCAAUAUUUGCAUAGUCAAGGCGUUAUCCAUCGCGAUCUUAAGCCGGGCAACAUAUUCCUUUCUAUUUUCAAGGGUUCACCUCAUCCCGCUGGUAGUGUUGAGGUCACCGCUUGCUCCAAUUGUAAAACAUGCACCGAAGACCCCAUAUUUGUCGUGCCUCGCAUUGGCGACUUUGGGCUUGUAGCCGAUUUGAAUAGGCCUGCGGAUGUCACGCGUGCUCCUCAACAGGAUCAGCCAAUUGGCCGUAUUAUCGGAAGCGUUUCCGAAUCGAUUCCCGAAAGCAUCAAAUCACCCUCUCACAUGCCCUCACCUGGUCAUAUCCGCGCUGUCGGGACGGAGUUCUAUCGACCACCUACGCCUCCGCGUUCGCUCGAUGAAAAGUUGGAUGUAUUUUCCCUCGGUGUAGUCACGUUUGAAACCGUCUGGAAAUUCACAACCAGAAUGGAGCGUCAUGAAUGCCUUGCAAAACUCAACAAGGGUAUUCUUCCCGCGAACUUUUCAUACAACAUUGGCGAAAAGACUGGCCGUCUCGAAAAUUGCAUCAGGGGGAUGCUUCGUGAUGAUCCUGCCCAGCGGUAUUCCUGCAAAGAAGUAAAACGAUGCUUUGAAGCACUCCUUUCUGAAUUAGAGCAACGAUGA